AUGCUGGCCGUCUUGGUGCUGUUGCUGCCCAGCUUCGCUUCAACUACCAUUUCAACGACUCCAGCGUCUUCAGAUCAGUCUCUAGAGGUUGAAUUUGAAUUUUUGAAUCACUCAACGUUUGAAGUUUAUAUGUGAACUAUUUCAGAUAUUCUGAUUGUAAAUAAGAAAACUCUUAUACAAUUAUUUCAAUAUGGAAAAGAUAAUAUUUUACAAAGAAAUCCAUUUUUAAACAUUUUUCAUGCGUCGUAAAUCUUUACAGAGCUAUUAUUGGAAGCUGUAUGUUCAAAAUAACAUGAUACUCAGCGAGUUGCGUGAACGCUAUAAACAGGUUUCCAAGUGUCUCUAGUAACCUUCCUGUGCAUGAUUUUUCAUGACUAACCCAGUAUUUCAACUUUUCUUCUCGUUGUAAAUGUGGUCUGGUAAUUCAUGAAUCCUUCUAUCAUUUCAUGCUAUCGAUUUUUUUUCUCGAAGCACAUAAUAAGCCAAGAAAAACUACUUAGAGGCUUUCUGUUCCCUCAUUCUUUUUGCCAUUGAAGUACAGCGGCUCCUCGCAGUUUUUUUCGGAAAAGAUUGAAUGCGAAAAAGAGCCGAAUUCUUUUUGACGAGGGUGACGGAGCUGCACAAUUGUUUGCAGGAAUUGACGUAGAUAGUUAUAAUUUGAUUAAUCUUCGAAAUAUAAUCAAUGAAAGAACACAAAAAUUAUUUUAGAAAAAAACGUAAUAGAUAUUAAAUCAAAAUGCGACACAUGAGACGCGUUACGCAAUUGUAUUUUCUCCUUUUUCUGUCUCUUCUAGGAAAUUUUUUUUGAAGAAAAAUCUUUCAAAAAAAUGGUUUAAAUAUGAAAUUUUACUAUUCUUAAAAAAACAAGAAAUUUUUUUCUUGGAGUUCUUAUCAUUUUUGGAUAGGCUCAUUCCUUGUAGCUCAAUUUUAUAAAGUCUUAAUUUUCGACUGUUUUAUUAAUGUGUAAACUCAGUCGUUAAAAAACAUGGAUUUCAAAGAACCCUUCCUGAAAUUGAAAUGGUUUUUGAAACACCUUGCAUGUGUUUGACCCCAUUAAAAACCUCUAAAAACCUUUUACUGCUCAAGGAAAGUCAUUUUACUUUGUUUUUACCGAAUGUAUGAAACUUUACCGAUACUAGACAAAGCGCGUGGAGUUUCAAUUUGCACAGUCUUUCCGUAUUAAAAAAUGGAGUUCUCAAAAUCUCUGCCGAUGGCGGAAAAAAUGUCAGGGGAAAUGAACUUUGAGGUGCUUUUCUCGGAAACACGGAAGUUGUGACGGCUGAUACUUUUUAAAAUGCGCUUAUUUAGAUCGCGAAAAAAAUAGUAAUCUGAAGAGGCAGAUAAAUUUUUUGUAAAUUACCAAAAGUACAAAAAUUAGCCCAAAGUAUCUGGGAAGGUCUAGAUUAUAAUCAAUAUUUAUAAGUCGACAUCUGAUCUCAGAUUUAGUUUCGAAAGUUUUUUAAGCUGCAAAAUCUUGGCUGUUUCUCUGGCAAAUUUGGAUUCGAAAAACAACGAGUACAAAAUUGAUUUUGCAAAAUUGAAGGCUAUUAGGAAUCUUAUUUUAGACCUUCAGACGGUUUUCAAGCAAAUUUGCAGAAAAAUUAAAUAUUUCAUUCUAAAUUCACCUUUCAUUACAGUUAUAAGAAAUUCUUUAAAAAAACAAAGUGAAAUUACUUUUCCUUGUCAGCACAUUCAGAGCAUUGGGAAUAUGGUUUCUUUGCAGGAAAAUAAAUUGUUCCCAAUUCCCGCAACGACGACGCCUCCUCCAUUCGCUUUCGAAGGCUUGGUGCGUCAUAAUAAACUUUUUCAUAAUGUCUAAACGUCGAAUAUAGGAUGAAAAUGAGCAGUGUACUUCCGACAAAAUAAUUAUCGAGAAACUGCUCGAAAAUUACAAGUCUUUCAAAACUCCAUCCGAAGCUGGGGUCAUCGUCUGGAUCGAGGUUUUUGAGCCACACCGUUUUUCCGCAUAUAUUUCUUUGAAGGUUUGGGUGCAGGAAGUCAAUUCGGUAAAUGAAAUCACAAGCGACUUUGACAUGGACAUUUACGUCACCGAGCUGUGGAUGGAUCUCGCUCUACGUUAUGAGCAUCUCAACCCCUGCAAGUAUAACUUGUCUCUCAACUCCGAAGUGAAUCCUUUUUCGAAAAACAGUGUUAGUAUAACUUUUUUCAGAUCCUCGACCAGAUCUGGAAGCCGAACACCGUAUUCAUCAACAGCAAGUCGGCCAAUAUUCACAAAUCUCCGUUCAAAAAUGUUUUUCUUAUGAUUUAUCCCAAUGGCACAGUAUGGGUGAAUUAUCGAGUUCAAGUCAAAGGUCCAUGUAACAUGGACUUCAGGUACUCUUUUCCAUCAUUGUUUCACUAAAUUUAUAUAUUUAGCGCGUUUCCUAUGGAUCGACAAUCCUGUCAUUUGACGUUAGAAUCUUUCAGUUACAACAAUCAAGAAGUGAGUUUUGCGUUGAUCUCAGGAAGGAGCUUUGUUUUCAAGGUGGACAUGCAGUGGAUGAAUUGGACCGUACCGCUGUCUUUGCUGAAACAGGAAAUCGUUCUUCCCGACUUUGUACUGACUAAUUACUCAACAUCAAUAAAAAAUGAAGUCUGCCAGUCAGUAUGUCGUAUCUGAAGAAUAAUUUUAGAUGUAUCCAGCUGGCGUGUGGAACGAGUUGACGAUGACUUUCAUUUUUAGUAGAAGAUAUGGAUGGUAUAUUUUUCAAGCCUACAUUCCUACUUAUCUGACUAUUUUCAUAAGGUAACACUAAAAUUCGCAUAUUUGUAACUAAUAAUUUUACAGUUGGAUCAGUUUUUGUCUUGGUCCAAAAAUGAUUCCCGCAAGGACCAUGCUCGGUGUCAAUUCAUUGCUAGCUCUCACAUUUCAAUUUGGAAACAUUAUGCGAAAUUUGCCUAGGGUCAGUUAUGUCAAAGCCCUCGGUGAGUCUUAGAAAAAAAUUGAAAACAAAUUUCUUUUCAAGACGUUUGGAUGUUAGUUUGUUUGACUUUUGUAUUUUCUUCUCUUCUGGAACUGGCAAUCGUUGGAUCAAUGGGAGCCCGCUCAGAAAUCAAACAGGUUCAAAAGUUCAUUUUCUUUUUGACCGAAAUGUUUGCCAGAACAAAGAAGAAAAGAAAGAAGUAUCCCGGCCGACUUCUCCAGUUUCUUGUCCUUCUUCCCCGAGGAUAUGCCGGAAUCAUGUGCCAAACGAAUCUGUUCAUGUUUUUAAAAGUUAUGGAGCAGCAGGUUCAUAAAGUUUGAAGAUUGAGAUAUCUUCUUUUUAGAUCCGCGGAUGAGAAAAAAAGUGAUUUUGACACCAACAGGAACGAUUUCAAGAAUGCCUAACUCUGCGAACAGGUGCAUUUUUGUUCAUCUAUAAAAUCGUGAUUAAAACUUUUUUCAAGAGCUGAGAAAGUAUUGCUACUCGAUGGACUGGAAGAAACGCAAUUUACUCAAGAGGAUUCUUUCGUUGAAAAUAAAAAUCAAAAUCGUUUGGCAAAAGUUUAUAUCUAAAAUCUUUGAAAAACUGAGAAGAAUUUGCAGAAAUUGCGCCGUUUCACAGCCGACGAGAUUGACAAAAUAUCAAUGAUUGCUUUUCCCGGGUUGUUCACUGUAUUCAACAUUAUUUACUGGGGAUACUACCUCAACGUCAACGAAUGA